AUGUCGUGGUCCUUAUCGCCCCAAGUUCUGAAAGGUCCCAGGUGCUCAGACAAGGCUAUAUUUCCCCCUUCUGUGCUUGCUGAUGUCAUAGAUAGACUCGGAGAUGAUCUCCCGCACCCGCUUAUAUUUCGACUAUAUUCGGAAAAUCAACAAAUCUAUGUUGGAGUUCUCGAGUUUUCUGCUCCAGAAAAUGCCAUUAUUCUUCCUGAAAUCGUGUUCAGCAAGCUCUCGCUGGAGCCAGUAACGGCAGAGCUAGUUGUGGAUAUCCCAAAGGGCACAGAACUCUCGUUAAAGCCACUACAAUUCUACCCACAAGUUCACAACUGGAAGUUCUUCUUAGAGUCCAGACUUCCAAAACUAUAUACGACGCUUACGAAACACGAAAAACUUCUUGUGGAGGACGAGAACGGAGUCUAUGAGCUCUUUGUUGAAAAUCUCAAUGCCAAUACCGUUUGCAUCACCGACACAGAAAUGGUUCUCGAUGUGGUACCGCUAGAUAAUGUCAUGGCACAACAACAGCUCGAGUUCUCCAAAGCCAUCAGCUACCUAGAGGAAGCUACCCUGUUGCAUUUGGGAGGUUCUGUUUCCGUGGAUAUCGAACCUUUCAACUCUCCACAGUUUAAGACCCGGAUGUUCGAAAUCGACGUCAAAGAAUUCCAAAAAGUCCACAAAUCCAAAUUGUAUAUCGUCUUGGAAAGUACCUCACCUCCAUACAACUCAGACGUCGUGAUUGGAACCGACAAAUUUGUAGGAAUGGAGUGUUUUCGAUGGUCUUCCAUGGAUAUACCCGAUGACGUUGAUCGCAAAAUUGUUGCAAUAGAUCCAGAUACCGUCACUGAUAAUUACUUGUAUGUGGUUCCCUUUGCAUGGGAGUCGCCUUGUACGGUCAAGUUAUCUUUGACAUCAACUAUAUCUCAAAAAGAAGUACCACAAAAUUCAACUGUAUCUCAAGUACCACAAGAUAUUUGUUCUAAUUGUGGAAAAGCCAUUGCAAAGGAAAAGAUGCCACUUCAUCAGGCGCAUUGUUAUCGUCAUAAUGUUAGGUGUGAAUGUGGUUCUGUGUUUCCUGAGAAAAUUCCACCAGAUCAUUGGCAUUGUGAACAAUGCUCAGCCCACGGCAAUAGUGCGGUAUCGAAGUCUAAGCACAAUAAAAUGAACCAUAUGGGACCUUAUAAGUGUGAUAAAUGUGGAUUUGGAAGCUUUACAACAUUCGUGGAGUUAGUUACAACACACAAGGCCAUAGACUGUCCUGAAAAACUACACGAAUGUCAAUUCUGUCAUAUGAUUGUUCCUCAGGAAGAAUCGACCUACCAGGAUCGAUACUUGGGGCUCACACACCACGAAAACUGGUGUGGGAACAAGACAGUAGAAUGCUUCAGAUGCAACAAGGUGUUGCGAUCAAAAGAUAUGAGCAACCAUCUUCAGAUGCACGAGUUGGACAAGAUGGAAAUGAACCAGGCCACAAAGUUGAUGUUCACAAAAUGCUCCAAUAUGAACUGUGUCAACAUCAAAGAUUCCAGCAACAUACUUGGAAUGUGUUCUACGUGCUACGGUCCUUUCUAUGUUCAGCAACAUGAUCCGACGAACAUAAAACUACAAUCGAGAAUAGAGCGUCGGUAUAUGUUACAGCUUACCAAAGGGUGUGGUUUCAGCUGGUGUCAGAACCAGGAGUGCUGCAGUGGUGUUUCGCCAAAACUUUCCGUAAAGGAAGCCAUUGAAAGGGUGCGAAAUCACUUAUUACCCAAAGUUGCAAAACUACCAAUUAACAUAGACAAGAGUAUCAAUACGGAGGUUUGGUUCUGUGUCAACGAAUCUGUACAAAGAAGAAAGAUUAUGGUGGACGCAAUUCUUUCUGAGAGAGAGUAUGACGAAGCUCUAGUAUACAAAGCAGCCAAUGAAGAGCGAAACGACGGAAUCCGAGAAUGGUUGCAAAUUCACGCAGUCAAGACAAACUAA